AUGAGGGGACUGGGAUUGCCGCGAAGAUGCUAUAUACAUGAGAAUAAGGCAGGUAAUGCUGAUGUCGCAGGCUUGGAAUCUUAUCCUUCGUGCUGGACAUGCGACGUCAGCCAGUGUAUCUCCACCAACGGAGAGUAUAUUCCGUACAAAGUGAUCGAUUACUACGACUACUUCCAAGAAGUCCAUCCGACUCCUCCCUCGUUCAUGCCGGGAUUCCAAGGCGGCUGUCCUGAGGACACGGGGGCCGACUUUGCGAACCUGUUCUACCGAUGGAACAUAGCCCAGCGGGUGACGGCCAUGAGCCUGUACAUGCUGUAUUGGGGAAUAAACUGGGGUGCAAUUGCCGCACCCGUCACAGCAAUGAGCUACGGCUACUCAGCCCCAAUCUCCGAGGACCGGUCAAUCGUCUCGAAGUACUACGAGACAAGGCUGCUGGCGCUCUUUAUCCGCAGCGCGAAAGAUCUCACAAUGACCGAGAUGAUCGGCAAUGACACCCAGUAUACUGCCAACGGUGCUAUUCGCGCCUUUGAAUUGCGGAGCCCUCAGACCAGCGCCGGCUUCUACGUGACGUUUUACAGGGAUACAACUGUUGGCACGAACGAGACGUUCAAACUACAUGUUGGCCUGUCCGUCGGCGCUCUAACCGUGCCCCAGCGCGAAGGUACGAUCCAACUCAACGGACAUCAAGCCAAGAUCAUCGUGACAGGCUUUACCUUUGGCGCCGAGACCCUUCUCUACUCGAUGGCGGAAGUUCUGACCUAUAAUAUCCUCGACAAGGAUGCUACCCUCGUGCUCUGGGUCCCACGGGCGAGUCCAGCGAGUUUGCCAUCAAGGGAGCCAAGUCCGCAAAAGUCCAGAACGGCCACGGCUGUUCGGGAAUCGAGUUCCACCGCGAGAAGGGCUCUGGUUGUGAACUUUACGCAAGCCAAUGGUCUGAGCGUUGUACAACUCAACAACGGCGUGCGCGUAGUCUUGCUCAACAAGACCGCAGCGUAUCACUUCUGGACUGGCGGCCUUGGCUUGUACGCGCCUUCUUCCCUCCCUCCCAUCACACACCCACCAACCCAGGAAAUAACACCACCGGACACAGCGGCAGGUCCGUCUGGCGCAACAGCCACUUCAUCGGCUCGGCAACCGAAUCCCAAACCAACAAAACCCCUGUCCUUCCUGCCCCACGCCCUCCCCGCCACCCAGAACGUCCUCCUCGUUCUCCACGUCGGCACAGGCCACGACCAGACAUCCGGCGUGCUUAAUCCGCUUGGCAUGCUCGCCGCGCGUCUUCUGCCCGCCGCAAACGCAAACGUCACCCGGAAUUCACCCACUGGCGCCUCGCCGGCACCGCAGGCGGGGAAUCGAACCUCGACCCAGUCCACGGCGUCUGGAACGAGGACGGCCUGCACGCCGAACGAAUAG